UCCUCCUCCACAACAGGAAGUAGUGAAGGCACUUUGGUGUCGCCAGUUGGUCCAGAUGAACUACCACCUCCAUACACCCCAUCGUCAUCGGGGGUCCCCAUGGUCACUUGUCGCGUCUGUCAAGCAAUGAUUGACAUUUCUGGGAAAGUUGACCAGCAUGUAGUCAAGUGCACCCAAUGCAACGAAGCCACACCCAUAAAGAAUGCUCCUCCAGGCAAGAAGUAUGUCCGCUGCCCAUGUAAUUGUCUCCUGAUUUGUAAGAUCUCCCAGCGGAUAGCUUGUCCCCGGCCCAAUUGCAAGAGGAUCAUCAAUUUGUCACCCUCUCCUGUCAACCCGUCUCUGCCCAAUGUGCCGGGAAUGUGCCGCGUCACAUGUGCGCACUGCCAUGACACUUUCAUUUUUAACACUCUUAACAAUGCCCUUGCUAGAUGUCCACAUUGUAGGAAAGUUUCAUCGGUUGGGCCAGAAUUUGCACGAUGCCGAGUUGUAUUUGUAGUCUUCGCCCUGGUUUUCUUGGGCAUAGGAAUUGCUCUUACUGUCACAACUCUCAGUUAUACAGCUAGUUAUCCUGGCAUCUAUGUUGCAUAUAUUGUGGCCUUCCUGGUGUCCCUAAUCCUCUUUUAUCGAACUGUCUACUAUUGUUCCAUGAAGAUCAGUCUCAUUGAGGGACCUCUAUAAAUUUGAUGAAAUUUGGUAAAAUGUAUGUGUUGUCUACCCUUGUUUGUCUGUUACAAAUUCUUUUCAGGUGGUCGGAGAAGGAAGAUAGACUAGAUAUAUACAUACUUCUAGUGACCAUCAUUGCAUGCAUUGUAGUGUAUGAAUGAACCUUUGGCUUGGAUCUUUACCGACAAUCUGAACUUGUUUGUCAAGGAAUUGGUGAUCUUGAUAGUCCCAAAUACUUGUUACCUUACUCUUUUUUCUACAUAGUUUAACAAAUUCCACAAUUUUUCUUCUUUUCUUUUACAGAACUUGCAGUUUAGUAAUAUGACUUGUGAAACUUUUAUAAUAAUAUCCUUUCAGGAUCACACUUGCCAGUCAAAUCAAAUUUGGUUUCAAUAUCUUCAGUUUUAUGUUAUCCUUCUGUAUCCAAAGUACUGAAUUUUGAGAAUAUGAUAAAGAAUUUGAUGCCAUAAUUUAGUAGGCUGGAAAGUGAUUACUGGUCUGUAGUCAGGUUAAGAGUCUUUGAAUUUCCAUAGUUCAGUAGCUAAAUAAUAUCAGAUAUUUAGAAAUUCAGAUAACCUUUAAUAUGAAUGGAUAAUAGAAGGGUAAUCAAGAUUUGACACACAUACUGUGUUGAUAAAGUGAAUGAUUUGUCUCUUCUGUCAGCUUUCUUUGUCUUACUGUAUCUAUUUAAGAGCAUUUGCCCUGGUCUCAUAAAUGUUAUGAAGACUAGACAUUGUAUAAUGGAUAUUAGAUUCUUUUGCAUAAAUAAUUGAUGUUCACAGUAGAUGGUAAGUAUUAUAUAAUUAUAUUUUAUGUAUAUUAAGGAGACAUCACCAACAAUCUUGAAUGAUCAAAAUGCAGAUCAUGAUACUUUAAGAUGUUGAUAACUUAUGUUGGAAUAUUAUGAGAGUUUGAAGUCAUUGUAGGAUAACUUAAAAUAAGUCUAGAAACCUGUGAUAAGCUAAUGAUCUUAGGAAGCUAUCCCCCCUCUGUAGCGUGAUUAUGCUCAGACAAACCUGAAUUCUUAAACAACUGAAAGCAAUCGAUAUCAUGGAUAUAUAUUUUUAUUGAGAUUGCUUUUAAAGUAUUGGUUUAGAUGUUGAUUUCAUUUUCUCUUCUUUUUUCUCUUUUUUCUAUUGCUGCUAUAUAAGGCUGUUUAAGGAUUUGGCCCUGUGUAUCAUUAUUAGAUAGUACUCAAAGUCGUCUUGUAUGUGCCCGUCCUGUCAUACAAAAAUUAUUUACCUAAAUGAAAAUGAAAAAAAAAAACAUUUGUAUUAUUACUGCAUGGUCAUAUUUUGUGAUCAGGCAAGUACUAUGCUUGCAGAUUGAUAAAGAUAUAUAUAAAAAA